CCUCGCUCAGAGGGAAUAGCCUAAGUUUAGACCCAGCGACAAUCCGGUCGAGUUCAGUGUAAAACCACCAUCCUCUCGAAUCACUUUCUUCACGCCGGACGUGCUUUUCCGCGUGGACGUCGCGUUUCGAUCUGAGCAGAAGAGCUCGUCGCGAUCCGGAAAACAUUUUCGUCUUUUCGAUAUUCCGUGUCUACGAAUUAUUCAAGAGAAAAAAGAACAGGGGGAAAUAAUAAAUCACGAUGGCAUAUAGCUGGGAUAACCGCGUUAAUUUCAUAGUGAAGUUUUUAUAUGUAAAAUCUACCUGAGAUCAAUUGAAGAAUACGAUUAUCUAUACAUAUAUAUAUUCAGGGUUGGAUAUAGAUAACAAUGGAUUUUUGGACAAGCACGAUUUCGAAUGCAUGGCAUUGAGAAUGACGUUGAUCGAAGGCAAAGGAGAAUUUAAUUAUAAUCGAUACCAAGAAAAUCUCCACAUCAUGCUCUCCUUGUGGGAGGAGAUAGCUAACCUGGCGGAUUUUGACAAGGAUGGCGUUGUAACGACAGAAGAAUUUAAAAAAGCCGUGCAAAGUAGCUGUGUUGGUCGUUCUUAUAAUGAUUUCCCGCAAGCCAUGAAGAUGUUCAUCGAUAGCCAUUUCAAGAUACUUGACAUGAAUGAGGAUGGCGUAAUCGGUGCCGAAGAAUUUCGAUAUGACUGCGUGUCAAGGAUUGCAGUGGAUAACAUAGAUGUUCUCGAUAAAGCUUAUCAGAGUCUUCUGAACGAUGAUGACAGAAAACGCGGCGGAUUGACUUUAUCACGUUAUCAGGAAUUAUAUGCUCAAUUUCUCGGUAAUCCCGACGAGAAUUGCCCGGCGAUCUACCUCUUUGGGCCGAUAGAGCAAAAAUCGUAACCUAACGCGCCAUUUUUUGGAAAGAUAUAUAAAUCCUUACAUAAUUGUAUGUACAAAAAGACACUUGCACAAAAUAUAUUUAAGGCCUAUGUUAAUUCUAGAAACUCUGUGAAAAAUUAUUAUAAUAAAUCAGAUAUUUUAUCAUAAGCAA